AUGCCGUCGUCCCCGCCAGUAUUCACUACGCCCUUGACGCAGUUGUUCGGGAUUAACCAUCCCGUCAUGCUUGCCGGCAUGAACGUAGCCGCUGGACCGAAGCUUGCGGCCGCAGUCACCAACGCUGGUGGCAUCGGUGUGAUAGGCGGGAUACAUUAUGCGCCAAAGAUGCUUCAGAAUGCUAUUGAUGAGCUCAAGAGCCAGCUGGAGGACACGAAUGCCCCUUUCGGUAUUGACCUCGCGCUGCCACAGAUUGGCGGUAACGCACGGAAGACUAAUUAUGACUACACGCACGGGAAACUUCCAGAACUGACUGAUGUCAUCAUCAAGAGUAAAGCCUCGUUGUUUGUAAGUGCUAUAGGUGUGCCCCCGAAGGACAUGGUGGACAAGCUGCAUGCCGCAGGCAUUGUUAUCAUGAACAUGGUGGGACAUCCCAAGCAUGUUGCCAAAGCUUUAGCUCAAGGCGCGGACAUGAUAUGUGCACAAGGCGGGGAAGGCGGAGGGCACACCGGGGAUACGCCGUUCUCGAUCCUAAUCCCGGCAUGCGUAGACAUCUGCAAGAACGCCAUCAGUCCCCUCACAGGCAAGCCCGUGAUCGUAAUCGCCGCAGGCGGGAUCGCAGACGGGCGAGGGCUUGCGGCCGCACUUUCCUAUGGUGCUUCUGGCGUAUGGGUCGGCACACGCUUCGUCGCAAGCGAAGAAGCGGGCGCACCGCCUCUCCACAAGCAACUCGUCGUGUCCGCUGGGCACGAUGACGUUGUCCGCACGCUCAUCUACUCUGGCCGGCCCAUGAGCGUGCGGAAGACGCCCUAUGUCGCUAGUUGGGAUCCGCGGCGGCAGGAGAUUGAGCAGCUGACUUCGGAGGGCAAAAUACCGCAUGAUGUGGAGGUGGAGAAACAUCCUGAGAAAUCGAUGGAAGGACGAGCUUGGUUGAUGGGCAAGGUUGCUGGGUCAAUCAAGGACGUUAAGCCCGCUAAGGAGAUUGUCAAUGAGCUCGUCACGACUGCUGCAACGAGUCUGCAGCGAGCAGAUUCUCUGAUCAUAACCAAGCCAAAGCUAUAA